CACGAAUCACGGCGCAGUUUCAGCGGCGUAGAUCCCCUUCCUUCCCCGCUGAUCAGGAACCCCUCCUGUACUCGACGCCACGCCUUCCACCUGUCAGUUCCCCUUCGCACACACAACGCACGCACCGGACUCGUGCGAAAGGAAAGGCGAGGCCAGGCGGAGCGAAACCCUCCUCCUCUGCCGGCCGCCGCUCGCCGGAGGUCAUCUGAGCCACAGUCACAACUGAUAAUGACUAUGGAACCUCAACCUCUUGAAAACAGAGAUGAUCAGUUUGUCUGGCCCUGGAUGGGCGUUCUAGCCAAUGUGCCUACCGAAUGGAAAAAUGGGCGCCAAGUUGGAGAAAGUGGAAAUAGGCUGAAGGAGCAGCUCUCGCGCUUUUGCCCUCAUAAGGUUAUUCCUUUGUGGAACCAUAGAGGUCACACAGGGAAUGCUAUUGUGGAAUUCGCAAAAGACUGGACUGGCUUCAAAAAUGCGCUCGCAUUUGAAAAUCACUUUGAGGCAGAGGGAUUUGGCAGAAGGGACUGGAAGGUGAAGAAAUGCGGCAGGUCAGAGAUGUUUGGGUGGAUUGCAAGGGCUGACGAUCACAGAUCUCAAGGGCUGAUAGGAGACCAUUUGCGAAAAAAUGGUGAUCUCAAAACUGUAGGUGAUCUUGAAAGUGAAGGGACUCGCAAAACUGAUAAGCUUGUUGCCAAUUUGGCUAACCAAAUUGAAGUAAAGAAUAGACAUGUGCAAGAACUGGAAUAUAAGUGCAAUGAGACGACCACAUCGCUUGAUAGGAUGAUGGAGCAAAGGGAGCAGCUGCUCCAGAAUUAUAAUGAAGAAAUUCGCAAGAUGCAGCAAAUCGCUCGUAAACAUUCACGGAGGAUUAUUGAUGAGAAUCAAAAGCUCCGUUCAGAGUUGGAGUUCAAGAUGCAGGAACUUGAUUUGAGAUCCAAGGAGCUUGAUGAGCUAGCUUCGCAAAGCGAUUAUGACAGAAGGAACCUUGAUCAAGAGAAGGAAAAGAACAAAAUGAAAACUAAGCAUCUUAAGAUGGCAACAUUGGAGCAACAGAGGGCCGACGAGAACGUGCUUAAGCUUGUGGAAGAACACAAGAGGGAAAAACAAGCUGCUCUAGACAAGAUUCUCAAGUUAGAGCAGCAGUUGAAUGCCAAACAGAAGCUUGAGUUAGAAAUACAACAGCUGCAGGGAAAAUUGGAGGUAAUGAAGCAUAUGCCAGGUGAGGAAGAUUCUGAAUCAAAGAAGAAGAUAGAUGAACUCAACGAGGAGCUGCAAGAAAAGUACGAAGAAAUGGAUGCAAUGGAAUCGCUUCACCAGAUUCUGUUUAACAAAGAAAGAAAAAGCAACGACGAGUUGCAACAUGCUCGGAAGGAGCUGCUAAAUGGCUUUAAGGAGCUUGCUGUUGGCCGAGCUAAUAUUGGUAUCAAGAGAAUGGGUGAGCUUGAUCCUAAAGUAUUUGCGGAUGCUUGCAAAAAAAGAUUGUCCAAAGAGGAUGCAGAAGUGACUUCUGCUAUCCUUUGUUCAAAGUGGGAAGAAGAAAUUAAGGAUCCAAGCUGGCACCCUUUUCGGGUUGUAGUGGUUGAUGGAAAAGAAACGGAAGUUCUUUCGGAGGAUGAUGAGAAGCUUCAGGAGCUAAAAGAAGAGCAUGGUGAAGAAAUUUAUGCAUCGGUAAUAAAGGCACUGACUGAAAUCAAUGAGUACAAUCCUAGUGGUCGCUAUCCUGUACCAGAGCUGUGGAACUACAAGGAGGACCGAAAAGCAACACUGAAAGAAGUUGUUCAGCACGUAGUGAAACAGUGGCGGACUCACAAGAGGAAGCGUUGAACCAGUUAUCUGGUUGGGUUCUUGUGUACGGGCACUCCUGAGCUAGACAUUUGAACUAGGCUUGGUGUUAUUUUAGCGUAAGUUCGUAGGCUCUACCUCCUAACGAUGAGUGGUUGGACUAUGAUUAACUGUUAUUGUCAUUUAGACUAUCAUUUUUAGAUACUCUAAAAAUUCAUUAUUUAUAACACUAUUAUAAUACUCUUUAUUUU